AUGAAGCAGGCCCCCAGGUCCCAAGAGCUCUUAUCCGGGGACAGAAUCCCGAAGUACACAGACUUCAGGGACGCAGGUAUGUCGAUAGAUAUCUGGAACCCAUCAAAACAGCGUACACAGGCAUUACGAUUCCGCCACCACCGCAGUCCACGCGGAGACACCGCAUUCGCCUCUCGGGAGCAAUCGCGGUAGAGGCAAAAGGAUGGCUCGAAGGCAUCUUCAAGCCGUUCGCAGAAAAAGAGGCGGCAUUUAAGGCUGUAAGGGACAUCAUAAUCGUACAGAAAGAAUAUGAACCUUCAGAUCCCGCUUAUAGCCGAGGUCACGGCUACAGCACACAAACUAGACGUCGACUUUUGGACCACGAUCCACGUCGGCGAGAACAUCCUUAUGGGCCUCAACGAGGCGUUGACAAACGCAACUCGUACCAUCUGCCGCAGAUGCGCAACCUACCAGUGA